UGAAUUGUGUAAUUAGUUGAUUGUUAAUUGAAUUGUGUAACCUUGAAAAUAAAGUAAAAUGACUGAAAGCAGGGAAAGCAGGGGAAUUGUGGCCGUUCCCAUGGAGAUGUCUAAGGUCAUACCAAAAUUUGAUGGGGACGAAAAACUCUUAAAUUUGUACAUUAAAAAGUGCGAAUACGUAUUAAAUUGUUAUAAAUCGGAAAACAGCCAGGCACAAAAUUUAUAUAUGUUUCAUGUAGUGUCAAGUAAAUUAGUAGGUAAAGCCGCUCAAUUACUGAGCGAACGACAGGACAUAGAAUCAUGGGCCGAGUUGAAAACUGUAUUAAUACAAUAUUUUGGCGAUCCACGGUCAGAAGAGUGCAUUGCAAUUGAACUCGAGACAUUAAAAAUUAACAAUAACGAAUCGUAUCUCGAUUUUUGUAACCGAAUUCAACAGGUUAAAAGUACUUUAAUUGCGAAAGUCAAUACCAUCUCAGACCUGCAUGUUAAGAAAAGUAAAAUUACGAUCUACGACAAUUUAGCGCUGAACGUUUUUCUCUAUAAUUUGCCCGAGGACCUCAUACGUAUUGUCAGACUCAAGGGCAGUUCAACACUUGAAAAUGCGCUGUCUACAGUAUUGGAGGAGGUUAACUUCCAGUUCCAGUACAAUGCUAGGAAUAAAAUGUUUAGAUCGAAUGUAAGCAAACCACAGUUAACAUCUUCACAAAAUCCGUACGUAGAAAAGUUCGGUCUCAAACCAUUUUUACCAUCAAACAAUAAUGGAGGAUUCAGAUUCGGCAGCCCGAAUCAAUUUAGAAUGCCCAGUCAUCCACAAGGGUUGAAUUCAGUACAACAAUUUAAAUUUGGGAAUCCACCUCAAGGUCAGACCCUAGGCGGAUUUAGACCGCCUACCCAAAACUUCCGUUUCGGUAUACCUAAUCAAGGACCUCAGGGUUACCGGCCGAAUUUCAAUCAGGCACCCCAAGGUUACCGACCGAAUUUCAGUCAGGCACCCCAAGGUUACCGACCGAAUUUCAGUCAGGCACCGCAACAAAGACCGGCCUUUAACCAAUCAUAUCAAAAUCAGUUCAAAUUCGGCGUACAGCCGCCACCGAAACCGUUUGAUUCCGAUGUAACUAUGCGCACAGCUUUACCAGCGUCCCGACCAAAUAAAACAUUCAAUAAUGAGAUCGAAGUAUAUACGGAAGCUGACCCUAACGGUUAUGACUAUAAUGCUUAUAACACCUACUGUGACUACGAUAACUAUGACUAUGACCCCACUCAGGUCAACGCGAUGAAUGUGACUGAAUUUCACCACGAUCAACCCCUAAUGGACGAGUCAAAUUUUCAAAUGUUAGCCUCGGACACAGCCAUGAAAUAA